AUAAAGUGAGUCACCUGGAUUUUUACAACAUGCCACACUGGUCAGGCAUAUAUAAGCUUGCCCAUUUGGGCUCCAAAAUGCGAUACACCAAAGGCUUUCUUCUUUUGGUGCAGGCAACCUUUCAACAACCUCCACUAUGAGGCGUGUGGUGCUCCUGUGGGCUGUGAUGCUUCUGCCUUGCAGCUCCACCUUUCCAGUUCAAAAGCCAGAAUUGAAAAUCAGGGAUCUGAAAUUCAUUGAGGUAUGUAGCCAUUGCAGCAUUAACAGAUCAUGCCAUAGAACUAUAGAGCAAGGGCCCUGCUGCUGUUGUGUGGAGUAGGAAGAUGGGCAAAUCUGUCAAUUUAGGUUUCUCAUUUUUCCUAUCUUAAAUCUGGUUCUCCACAUUUCCACAUAAGUUUGCAAAUUUUCAAGUCUUCACGGAGAUUCAUCAGCAUGUUAUUGCUGAUUUCUCCUAAUGUAUACAUUUUAAAAAAAUAUAUAUAUUGCAUACUAGACAUGAAUUUGCAAAGCAUUUUUUCCUAAUAUAAUGUCUUUUUGCAUAGUCUAAUAUAUGCAUUUUUGUAUUUGACUGAAGAACUGCAUUGCAAAUUUCAGAGAAUAUCAAAUUGUAUCUUCUCUCUCUCUCCCCCCCCCCAAUCUAAUCUAUAACAUUUAUAUCCCACCUUUUUCUCCUAAGAGCUCAAAGUGGCAUACAUUGUUCUCCCCCUCCUCAUUUACCCCCCACAACAACCCUGUGAGGUAGGUGAGGCUGAGAGGCAGCGACUAGCCCAAGGUCACCCACUUAUCUACAUGGCCGAGAUUUGAACCCUAGCCUCCCAUAUCUUAGUCCACCCUUUCUAACCACUACACCACACUGGCUCUCAUAGUUGGGUUUUGGGUGGCAUAUUGUUUGGGAAACUGUGAAUUAGGUAGGUUCACCUUUAAAUGCAAAGUGAAUUGAAUUUCUCCUCCAUCCCUAAUUUUGAGGAACGUUUUCAUUACUGGACUUCUUUCCAUGGCUUCUGUACACAGAAUGCAACGAAUGGUUUCUCUCUGUUCUGUGCUUUUUUCGAAAAUCACUGCAGGUGCUGUAUUCUUUUUUUAAGCAAUAGAUGGAGGAGGGUGAUUGGAAUGUAGAUUAGACUUAAAAAUAAAUGCCAGCGAGAGAACUGGCAUGUUCAGAGGAUAAACAAUGAGCAAGCAAUGAGCCAGAAUGGGAAGAAGUUGAGAGAAUGCUGUUUGCCUGCUUACCAUAGGCAUCUAGCUGGCCACUGUGAGACCAGGCGCUUCACAUGUUCUUAAAGAUCCAAACUAAAUGAUCCCUUUUUUAUUCCAGGCUUACCUGAACAGGUUUUUCCCAGCUGUGAAAAAAGUAUUGAAGCAUACCCUGGAAGAACAAAUCAGACAAAUGCAGGAAUUCUUUCACUUGAAGGUAACAGGAAAGAUCGACACAGAGACUGUGCAGGUAAUGGAUCAGCCCAGAUGUGGCGUGCCAGAUGUCUUGGAGUAUCGUACUUUCGGAACUGAGAGAUGGAAUAAAAACUUACUGACUUACAGGUUAGCUGAGCUUCACCUUUCUGAAAAAUGCAAUAAAUAAAUAAAUUGGCUAAGUACUAAUAUCAUAUUUUCCUCCACUGCUCAAAGGAUUAAUAACUACACCCCCGAUAUGACUCGAAGCAAGGUAGACGCGGCCAUAGCAAAGGCAUUUAAGGUGUGGAGCGAUGUGACCCCCCUGCAGUUCAGGAAAACAACAGGACCUGCUGAUAUUGAAAUUUCUUUUGCAUAUAAUGGUAAGGCUGCCUUGGCUGAUGUGUUUUGUUCAUGUCUAUGUCUCAUACCUCUUCAGAGAACCUGAUAUUUAUUUAUUUUUACAGGGGGAAAUGCAAUUAAAAAAAUAUCCCCAACCAUUAAAAACUUGCUCAAGCCUUUGAAACUAUGUAUGUAUGUAUGUAUGUAUGUAUGUAUGUAUUGGGGAAAUAUCUGAAAUUUGGUAUGAAGGACCUUCAGAGGAAGAUGUUUCGUAGCUAAGUAGCCACCGUCAGCUUUGCCUUUAUAUACGUUCACACUAUUUAUCUUUCAUUUAAUUUCAUGUCACUUUUAGUUCAUAUAACAACUUUCUGCAUUACUAUACACAAGGCACUAGAUUCAGGUAGGUAGCCAUGUUGGUCUGACACAGUCAAAAUAUAUUUAAAAAAUUUAAAAAAUUGUGCAGUAGCAUCUUAGAGACCAACUAAGUUUGUUCUUGGUAUAAGCUUUCGUGUGUAUGCACACUUCUUCAGUGUAUAGCACUGUGUAUAGCACUGCCAAGAAGCCUCUGCAGAUUGCAGUGACUAUGAUGGAUAGGAGGCAAUGCCUUGUUUAUGCAGUGUUCACCUUUUAAAGCCUUUUAUGGGACAAAGAAUCAUGCCCUAAAGGAGCAUGGUGUCAGUCUCCAAACAAUCUCCAAGGACAGCCCCAUCCUGGGAUCAUUGCAGGAAUCUGUCCUCAAGAUGGUCGAGGCCACUCCCCCAUGAUGCAAUCCUACAGCGCUGGGGCGGGGGUGCAUGAACGAAGAAGAGCCACAUGGGCAGGGUCAAUUGUAUAGCCAUUCACACCUGUUUGAUGCCCUAUAGCUACACUACCAGUGCCGGAUUUACAUAUAAGCUAAACAAGCUAUAGCUUAGGGCCCCAUUCUCUUGGGGGCCCCCAAAAAAAAUUAAAGGGGAAAAACUGGAUGUACAUUUCCAAAAUACAGUGGUACCUCUGGUUGCAGAUGGGAUCCAUUCCGGAGGUCCGGUCAGAUCCCGAGGUUUCUGCAACCUGAGGACCACUUCUGCGCAUGCACAGUAGGGCGGUUCAUUAAAAACUUUUGGGGGGGAAAUGCCUGCUCCAAAGGUCUUGUCUUACUACAAUAGGGAUUGUAUAGCUAUAUCUGAAAUUUCAUGCAUACCUUGACCCUGCUCCACUGAAUUGAAAUUUCAGCCUUCCCGACAUAGGAAAAUGGCCAAGUAAACAGCUAUUUUCAUGGAGCAGGGUCAAGAUAUUAACUGAUAUGCAUGAAAUUUCAGAUAUAGCUAUAUAAUUCCUAGAUAAGACCUUUGGAGCAGGCAUUUUCCCAAAAAAAGUUUUUUAUGAACCGCCCUAAUGUGCAGACUGCUUCUGCACAAGCGGUAAAAUACUUCCAGGUUUGCCGCAUGCGCAUCCCGAAGUUUAUAUAACCAGAGGGUUACGUAAAUGGAGGUUUGACUGUAUAAGAUAAAAAACAAAUAAAAUAAAACCUACAUACAGCAACAGUGUUUUGUGUUUUGCAGGCUCCUGUGAUGUACAUACUUUGUUAUGUGCAAAUGGCUUUAGAUACCUGUUAGGUCCAUACAUUACCAUAUAGCAUAUAAAGGUAAAGGUAAAGGUACCCCUGCCCGUACAGGCCAGUCUUGCCAGACUCUAGGGUUGUGCGCUCAUCUCACUCUAUAGGCCGGGAGCCAGCGCUGUCCGCAGACACUUCCGGGUCACGUGGCCAGCGUGACAAGCUGCAACUGGCGAGCCAGCGCAGCACACGGAACGCCGUUUACCUUCCCGCUGGUAAGCGGUCCCUAUUUAUCUACUUGCACCCGGGGGUGCUUUCAAACUGCUAGGUUGGCAGGCGCUGGGACCGAACGACGGGAGCGCACCCCGCCGCGGGGAUUUGAACCGCCAACCAAGCGAUCGGCAAGUCCUAGGCGCUGAGGUUUUACCCACAGCACCACCCGCGUCCCUGCAUAUAUUCAACACAAAAAACAGCGACGAUUUGCUGUUGACAAAAUAUAAGCUGGACUUAUAAAGGGCCCCAUUACCUUCAGCAGCUUAGGGCCUCAUCAAACCUAAAUCCGGCCCUGUACACUACCAUUCUCCGCUGCUACCUAACUAACAGAUCCUGGGGCGCUCCAAAGCUUGUUGCAUCUAAACUCCACCCGUGACAACUGCCCCCAAACGCUGGACCUGCCAACCACAAUUCUUCUCUGUACUGAGUUGCACCAGACUCAUUCAUACCAAUUUCCCGACUGCAGGAUGAGGUCGUAUGUUACCAUCUGCUGACAUUCACAGUGGAAGCAGCCAUGUGAUUCUUUCUCCCCACACUUCUCCUCUGUCAACACUACUGGAGUGACAUAGGACAAGGGCAUGGGGAAGUGGCUGCCGUGAUGUUGAUACAGCAUGACUAAGCUUUCUAAAUUAUCUGAGAGUGUCAACAAGCUUGUGGAUAGGGAUGAUCCAGUAGACACUGUGCACUUGGACUGUCGAAAAGCUUUUGCCGAAACCUCAGACAAAAGGCUCAUGUGCAAGUCAUGGAAUAAAAGGGCACAUCCUCUUCUAAAUCAGUAAUUGGUGCAGGGGCAGGAAGUAGAGGCUAAGACUAAAUGGACAGUGGUUGGAUGUAUAAAAAAAAUGGAUCCCAGGAUCUGGACAGGACAGGUGUUUUCGAACUUGUUCAUAAAUGACUUGGAGGUAGGGUAAACCUAUAAGGCAGCCAGGGUUACUGAUGUAUCCAAAUUAUACAGGGUGAUAUUAAGAACAAAAAUGGAGUACAAAGAACUGCAGGGUUAUGGCAGGUGGCCAUUUUGGAAAACGGCUUCUAUAGAUUUAUGCCAAUCUUCACAUGAUGUCUACCCUUCCCUUCCCCCCAUUAUAUAUGAUCCAAGUUUAAAUUGCCAUCAGUAACAACUUUCCUAUGGAAAUCAAUUAGAAAGGCAAGUCUAUAGUAGGAGCUAGCUGAUUUUAUUCAUGCUUAGUUGCUUAAUGGGCAUGAUAAACUGUGACUAUGUGGACUAUUGUUCCAUUUCAUUUUUUAAAAAAAUAAUAAUCCCGUAAAUUCCAACUGUCUUUUUAACAUCUAUAACUCCACAAGCAACAUACUGUAGAAAUAUCUAAGCCACACACAGCAAUCCCAAAAACCGAAAGACUUUUUUGAGAUUGGGUGUAGUAAGUCUGAGUUGUUGUUGCUGUUGCUGUUGUUCUUUUUACUGUUUCUUAACUGCAAUUGAAUGUAUUUACUUUUUUUAAAAGAUAUUUAUUAAAGUUUCAGAUAAAAAGAGACACAUCAAUAAAAAAAGAAUUUAAAAGUAAAAAGAAAAAUACACAAUACAAAAUACAGAAAGAAAAAAAGAAAAAACAGUUAAAAACAAUUCCAUCUUUUCAUCACUACUUUUAAAUUUACUUAUUUUCUGGACCUCCUCAUACCUCCCUCUUUUGUAUUCCAAUUCAGUUUGUUUGUCCAGCAAUUCCUUUCCCUCCUUUUUAAUCCCAAUCCUUAAUCUCAAUAUAAUAUAACAUUAAAUUUUUAUCUAUUAAUAGCCAAUUUUCCAUUCUUUUAACCUUUUUAAUCCUGAUCCUUGAUCUUGAUCUGUAUAUAACUUUAAAGCCUGUACAGCUAGAAACCGCUUAAUUUCAAUCCAUCAUCACUCUAACAUUCUUUAAUUUUGCAAUGUUUCUGUAGGUAAUCUUUAAAUUUCUUCCAAUCUUCUUCCACCGACUCUUCUCCCUGGUUUAACUGCAAUUGAAUGUAAUGGCUCUGAACAGCAUACCUAAGCAUUAUUAAAAUACAAUAAAAAUAAUAAUAAUAAUACAAUUACAUUAUAAAAUGCAUCAUGGCAGGGCAACUGAACACAAAUAGCGCAGACAGAUCUUGAAGUUACAACAAACUCGGAAGUUGCCAUAGUUGAAUGAGUCUGAGCUAAGGAAUAAGGCUGAGAAUUCAGAGCCAGGAGGAGUUUGUUGGGGGAGUACUUCAACAUGUGUACUUCAAGACUAAUGGAUAAGAAUCCCCCUGAACUGCUGGUAAUACCUCGUUUUCCCUUUCCAACUCAGAGCAUGGUGACAACAUCCCUUUCGAUGGGAGGAGCGGAGUUCUGGCUCAUGCUUUUGCCCCUGGGCCAGGCCUUGGUGGAGAUGCCCACUUCGAUGAGGCUGAACGCUGGUCAGAAACCAACAGAGGUAAAUAUAUAUAUAUAUUCAAAAUGUGUGAGCCGGGUCCCGUUGGGGCAUCAAUGUGUUGUGCGCAAAUACGACCCCUCAAAAACAACAACUCUGCACUGUUUUGUAUACAAUUCAUGCAUGGAAUUCGCUGUCACACGCAGGUAACAGCACCUAUAGGUAAAUGGGCCCUUAACCAUUAGGUCCAGUCAUGACCGACUCUGGGGUUGCGGCAUUCAUCUCGCUUUAUUGGCAGAGAGAGCCGGUGUACAGCUUCCAGGUCAUGUGGCCAGCACCACUAAGCCGCUUCUGGCGAACCAGAGCAGCGCACAGAAACGCCGUUUACCUUCCUGCCGGAGCGAUACCUAUUCAUCUACUUAUACUUUGACGUGCUUUUGAACUGCUAAGUUGGCAGGAGCAGGGACCGAGCAACGGGAGCUCACCCCAUCGCGGGGAUUUGAACCGCCGACCUUCUGAUCAGCAAGUCCUAGGCUCUGUGGUUUAACCCAUAGCACCACCCGCAUUCCUAGAACAGCACCUAUUAUAGACAGCUAAAGGAGAACUGGGCAAAUUCAUGGAGGAUCAGUCUAUCAAUGGCUUCUAGACAUGAUUCUGAAAUCACUGGAUAGCAGUUGGCAGGGAGCAACAGGAAAAGGGGGUUUCAUUGACUACACUCCCUAUCUGUAUGCUUUUCAGAAGCACUUGCUAGCAACUGUAGGGAGCAGGAUGAGCCCAGGGGUCAUCUAGGCCCACCCCCGCAAUGCAGGAAUCACAUCUAAAGAAUCCCUGACAGCAACUUUGACACACGUGGGUCUCCUUCAGUAGCACUGUGCUUAUAAAAUGCUCUGUGGAAUGUCACCAGCUCCCUACACGCCAUACAUUUAAAGCACAUCCCUUCCCCAUCCCCCAAAAGUCCUGAGAAUUGCAGUAGGUUAAGAGUGCUGGGAUUUGUAGCUCUGUGAAGGGUAAACUACAGCUUCCAAGAUUCUUUUGGGGGAGGCUGCUUUAAAUGUAUGGUGUGUACACAGCCCUAGUCUAGGAGAAUGCUGCCUCUCCCAGCAUAAGAUGCCCAAGGCAGUUGCCUCACUUUGACUAAUGAUAGGACCGGCCCUGCUAAUACGCACUGCUCAUCUGAGUUGUUUUCUGUGUUUUAGAAGUCAACCUGUUCCUUGUGGCUGCACAUGAAUUUGGUCAUUCUUUGGGGCUUGCUCAUUCAAAUGUCUAUGGCUCUUUGAUGUAUCCUACCUAUUCCUAUGUGAACCCAAAUAACUUCCAUCUCUCAGAUGACGACAGGGACGGAAUCCAGAGUUUAUACGGUAAAUUCACUGUCUAAAGUUCCUUCCCUAUGUUAAAUUAGUUAUAACGAAGUCUGCAAUUAGUGCGGUUUCAUAGAGAAAUUGAAGCCUGAUAUAUAUAUAUAUAUAUAUAUAUAUAUGAAUUAAUUAUGUGACAUUGAAAAAAUGCAACUAUUGAUGAGCACAGGAACUGCUCAAGAAAUGGAAGGAUCGGACAGGAAGAAGUCAAAGCUCAAUUUGAGCAAAGAUAUAUGUGAUGAAGAAAUAUUGUUACAAAGGAAAAAAUAAAAAAAUAAUAAAUAUUAUAUUUAAAAAGAAAGAAAUGGAAGGAUCACAAACACACGUGUUGAAUGUUUGCAAAAUGCAGUUAUUUCAGGAACAGGCCUUACUUUGGAAGUUCAUGACUUGUUCUUACUCACUCUAGCAGUAAAAUGAAUUAACAACCUGGGACAAAAAAUAACCAAUCUCCCCGAGUUCAGAAAUACUCAAACGAAAUCUACGUUUCGUGAAAUGAUACCUGGAGGGCUCAAAAACUCAUUUAUAGCCAGUUUUUUCCAGCUGAACACACUGGUGAUUAGGCUUGCAUUUUAUUUCAUUCAAAUGUGGGUCUGUGCAGCAAUCGGGGGUGCUACCAAAAUGAUAAAGGAACAAUAACAUCAAUAUAACAAUCAAUAUCCAUCCAAAUUGCACAUGUGAACCCUUCCUGCAAAUUUCAAAAUACAUAAAACGCAUAGCAGUUCAUUUGACUAAUGGCUUGGUGGAACGAAAACCUUCCAGGAGAAAUGGACUUGGAAACUAGUAAAGAAGACCAAACACUGGUCAGUAAUGGAUUGUGUGGUGGGACAGCUGUGCUUGCCUGACCUCCCGACGGGUUAGUCGCUGCUGCUUACCAGGAAGGAGGGAGCUGGGCAAGGCGGUGGGCAGGUCAGCGCAGCGCAAACACACCAGCAAUGCUCUUGCACUGCACCAAACUUUCUGCAACCUUCCCCUCUCCUUCCCAAAAAGCCGCAGCAACUCAGCUGUUGGGAGGUCAGGUCAGUGACACCACCCCAACAUGCUGUCCACUGUGUUUAUAUCGCCCAUUCCCAGUUAGCAAUCUCACAGGACUAACUGAAAUUUCCAGAUGGCUUUUAAAGGCAGCCUGCACCCUAUACAGGCUAUACAGGGCAGGAUAUAAAUUCUAUUGUUAUUAUUUAUUUAUUUAUGUAUUUAUUUAUUGUCCAAAGUUGCUCUAAGAACGUCCUGCUGCUGCAAGAGGGCUAGGAUUGGGGGAAAGAUGCUCUCACAAAAGAAUUAAGGGUCUGCAAUCUUAUACCCACUCAGCUGAGAGCAAGCCCCACUGAACUCAAUGAGACUUCCUUUUCAGUAGACACAUACAGAAUAAGAUUAUAUCAACCAUCUUACAUUUGAGAUUAUCUUUUUAAUUCUAUAUUCUUUAUUGAAAAAUAAAAAAGUACAAAAUUGCAAGUGCACAGCGUAAGAUAAGACACAGAAAAGAAGAAACAAGAAAUAGUACCCAUGUAGAAAACAUAACAGGGGGGGAAAGAUAUUGUGUAUUUUUAUGAAUACCCUAUUAGGUAAAAGUCUGGUUAACUACAAUAACAAUUUCCUCCCUUUUUUGUAAUGUACACAAUGUAUGCAUUUGAGAGUAUCUUGUCCAUUGUGAUCUAUAUGGAUUUUUAAAAAUACCUCUUUCUAAAUUUCUAUUUAAUUUUGUUUAUAUUGCUUCCACACAGGUAAAAGAAAAUGAAUCCCCUCACAACAUGUUCCAGAAGAAACAAAAUGUCCAUAUUUUGCUCUUACAUUUUUUUUUUAAUUGUUAUUUUAAUGAAGCAAAACUGCAAAAUGGGGAGGCGUGAAAUCUUUUUUAAAAAAUCACUUAAGCUUUGUAAGUUAAGUAUGUAUAUUGCUUGCAGCAGACAGAAUAUAUAUGCAAAUUUGCAGACCUUUUUCUGUCCUAAUUUGAAGGAUAAGUUCUAAGGGAAUUGGUUCCUGUUUCUGAUUACCCUAAAAGGCCAAAGCUAGACUUAAUCUAACCGAUUAUAUCUAACUAAACAACUUAAUAUUUACAGUGUCUUGUGAUUCUGGCAUCGACAUCCUUGCUCUUUUAAUAAAUUAAGGAAAUAGGUGGAAAUGAUGCAAAUGUGAAUGUUACGUGAUCCUUUCAACAAAUUUAAUCUCUCGUAACUCUGAAAAGAGAAUGUGCAAGUGAAAUUUUGCUGUUAUGUUUCAAAGGAGUGGCUAAGGAACUGUUGGUUAAUGUAUUGCUCUUUUGUGAUCGGAAAAAAAGCUUCAAAUAAAGCAGUUUAAUUUACAAAAAAA